AUGCCGCCCGGACGUGACACAGACACUAACACGUUACCAAGGACAGAAGCCGAGCUUCAGGAAUGCUUAUCGCAGGCAAUUGCACAGCACGAGGCCAACCGCUCAGAACACAGCGGUGGCACUUCUGGAAAUAACCCUCCAACUGGCUGUACUUAUAAGCAAUUUCUGGAUUGCAAACCCCUAAACUUUGAUGGCACGGGAGGUGCCGUCGCUUUUGUUCGCUGGGUUGAAAAGACCGAUUCCAUGCUAAGAAUGAGCAAAUGUGCACUUGAACAGAGAGUCACUUAUAUUUCUAGGUUGUUUUUGGAUGGUGCACUCUCCUGGUGUAACCUCCAAGUUCAAACUCUUGGCGAAACUGCUGCAUACGCGUUCAGCUGGGAUGAGCUUAAGGAAUUAAUGCGCAAGAAAUAUUGUUCAAGAGCUGAAAUCCAGAAACUGGAAACCAAAUUCUGGAAUCUGAAGAUGGAUGGACCAAAGGUUGCCGAGUAUCUUCAGCGUUUUCAUGAUUUAUCAAUGGUCGUUCCCUAUCUUGUCGAGCUAGAAUUCAAGAGAAUCGAGCGGUUUAUUUGGGGACUUGCGCCUCAAAUCCUGAGCAUGGUUACUGCCGCAAAGCCUCCAACCAUCGCAGAGGCUAUCAAUUUGAGCGUUACACAUACUGAAGAAGCUCUUCAUAUGGGAAAGUUUUCGAAAUCUGAGAUAAACAAGAAAGUGACUCACGUGGAGUCUUCGGGCGACAACAAAAGAAAGUUUUCAAACCUGAAGAAAGACACUCAAGUAAGUCAUGACAACUCAAAUACAAACAAAAGAAGGGAAGUAAACCCGCCUCGUGACAUAAAAGCUUAUGGAGCCGCCAAUAAGGCCAAGGGAAAGGUUUAUCUGGGGACUAAACCGAGAUAUGACGAAUGCGAGUUUCACCAUGAAGGUCGAUGCCUGAGACCUAAGUGUGACAGAUGUGGGACACAGCAAGGAUGCAUAGUUGGGCAAGAUAUCCCAACCGAGGAAGAAACGAUAGCUACAACCAAGGCGGAAACAACAAUGGUAGAGUUCCAGGUUGCUUCAAUUAUGGUGACGUGGGGAACUUUAGAAAAGAUUGCCCCAAGAAGAACCAAGCGAGGAAGAGAGUUCACGAUCAGAGCUCAUGAAGCACGCCAUGAUCCCAAUGUGGUUACGGAGAGCGGGAAUUUUCUAUUACCUGUUGACUUGGGAAGUCAUGAUGUUGUAGUCAACAUGGAUUGGCUACCCAAGAAUAGAGCCGAAGUUGCGCAGAAGUGCCUCCGAAAGUGGUGCAUAGCCAUCCUUGCUCAUAUUGUCGAUAAGGAGACCAAGGAGCCGAAGCCAGAAGACAUCCCCGCUGUGAAGGAAUUUCCAGAAGUCUUUCCUGAAGACUUGCUUGGGUUGCCUCCACAGAAACGAAUGGAGUUUCGGACAGACCUAGUGCCAGGAGCGGCACCAGUGGCGAAGGCACCUUAUCGAUUAGCUCCGUCUGAGAUGCAAGAACUAUCGACUCAACUACAAGAGCUGCUAGACAAAGGAUUCAUCUGA